UAGUCGCAGGAGCAGCAGCAGCACCGCUUUGGAUUUCUUUAACGAAAUCAAAGAGCAACUAUCAAGUUGCCCCGAACGUACACGGGAAUUCUGUCGCACUGCAUGGGGGACCCUUUCGUUAACCCUUAGCACAGCGCUUACAGCGGCCAGCAUCGAAGCCGGCGACGAGGGUGGUGGACGAAGUGGUGCUGGACGAGCAGUUGGCAUUGGCGCUGGAGGCGCGCACGGCGGAGGAGGCGGCGGCGGCGGCGGUGGUGGUGGAGGUGGUGGAGGAGUUGCUCGCUUUGCCACCAUAAUGGGUGCAGUCAAAUCUCGACCUAUUACACAAGCGGAUGUCAAUCAGGAUGCCGAUUAUCAUCAUCAUCAUCAACAACAAUUGGAUCAACAUUCCAGCAAUAAUCAUUCAAUGCUCCGCAAUGGACAUCCGCAUCAUAAUGGCACAUCCACACUACAAAAGCUGGAUCUACGCUAUGACAUUGGCUCCAGUUCCCAAUAUCAUCAUGUUCGUCAGCCAAGUGUCCGUAAUCGUAGUCAACCGCCCAUACCCCAUUCUGAUGAGCUGGAUCGCCGAUUUGCCAAAGUCUUGGCUUCCAUGGAUUUGCCACCGGACAAAGCGAAACUCUUACGCAACUACGAUGAUGAGAAGAAAUGGGACAUGAUAUGCGAUCAAGAACGAGUGCAAGCCAAAGAUCCUCCAUCCCACUAUUUGAGUAAAUUGCGAACAUAUUUGGAUCCCAAGGCAUCACGUAGUCAUCGGCUUUACCUCUUUUACUUUCUUUGUCAGAAACGUAAAAUGGUCGGCGAAUCGACAUCGACCCAAGUGCUAAGAGAUCUUGAGAUCUCAUUGCGCACCAAUCAUAUUGAAUGGGUGAAAGAGUUUUUGGAUGAUACCAAUCAGGGUUUAGAUGCUCUUGUUGAUUAUCUUAGUUUUCGUUUGCAAAUGAUGCGUCAUGAGCAACGUAUACAGGGUGCCUUGUGUGGAGCGAAUUCCGAUGAGCGUUUGAAUUUAACCAGCGGCGGCGGCGGCGGUCUUGAUAGCAAUGAAAUGGUAGUGCUUAGCAACAAUUCAUCAUUGAGUCCCGGCGGCGUCGGUGGAGGCGGUGGCGUUGGUAACGGUGGCUCCGGCAUCGGCGGUGGCAUCUCUGGUGUCACUGGCAUUGUAACGGGUGCUGGCAACUCGAGCAUAUUGGAUUCAUCUCGUCAUAAUCAUCAACAGCAUAAUCAUCAUUCCUUGUCGUAUAGCUUUCUGCGACCCACCAUAGCGGAUGCCCUCGAUAGUCCCAGCAUGAAGCGUCGAUCUAGACAUAUUGCCAAACUGAAUAUGGGAGCGGCCACCGAUGACAUUCAUGUAUCGAUAAUGUGCCUCCGUGCCAUAAUGAAUAAUAAGUAUGGCUUCAAUAUGGUCAUACAGCAUCGGGAGGCCAUCAAUUGCAUUGCCCUCAGUCUGAUACAUAAAUCGUUAAGGACCAAAGCAUUGGUCUUGGAACUUUUGGCUGCCAUAUGCCUGGUAAAGGGGGGACAUGAGAUAAUCUUGGGUUCCUUUGAUAAUUUCAAGGAUGUAUGUCAGGAGCAGAGACGUUUCCAAACCCUCAUGGAGUAUUUUAUGAAUUUCGAAGCGUUCAAUAUUGAUUUUAUGGUUGCUUGCAUGCAAUUUAUGAAUAUUGUCGUCCAUUCUGUCGAAGAUAUGAACUAUCGCGUUCAUUUGCAAUAUGAAUUCACAGCCUUGGGUUUGGAUAAAUAUCUCGAACGAAUACGAUUAACCGAAUCGGAGGAAUUGAAGGUUCAAAUAUCGGCAUAUUUGGAUAAUGUCUUCGAUGUGGCGGCCCUUAUGGAAGAUUCCGAGACAAAGACAGCUGCACUGGAGCGAGUCCAAGAACUGGAGGAUCAAUUGGAGCGUGAAGUUGAUAUCCAUUCGGAAUUCCGUUAUAAAUACGCUGAAUUGGAAACGGAAAAUAUGACCUUGAAAACGGAAAGAGAACAAUUAUCGAUGGUCCGUCAGAAACUAGAGGAUGAGCUGACCAUGUUGCAACGCAUGCUACAACAGAAUGAACAGGAAUUGAAGAAACGUGACACAAUGUUGCAAACAAAGAAUUUGGAACUACAAACCUUAAGCCGAUCUCUGCCACGUUCCGCGUCGAGUGGGGAUGGCAGUUUAGUUAAUGUUGGCGCCAGUCUAAUGGCUAGCUGUUCGGCAAAUGGUUUUGAUGGCCUGACAGUUGGAGGAGGAUCGGAUACGACAAUGGUAUCGGUAGCAGCAUUAGCGGCGGCAGCGGCACCACCACCACCCCCACCGCCGCCACCACCACCACCACCGCCGUCGUCAAUGACAGAUGUUGUGUAUCCAACAGCAGCGACACCAUUAGCACCGCCAGCACCACCAGCUCCACCACCACCACCCGGCUGGAGUCCAUUGGGUAGUCCCAAUGGUAGCAUGCACUCCACAGCACCAUCUCCACCACAUGCACCACCCAAUUUGAGCUCAUUCCAGCCACCACCACCACCCGUGGCUGGUUUUAUGCCCGCCCCAGAUGGAGCCAUGACCAUUAAACGCAAAGUGCCCACCAAAUACAAGUUGCCCACUCUCAAUUGGAUAGCCCUAAAGCCCAAUCAGGUACGUGGCACUAUUUUCAAUGAGCUGGACGACGAGAAGAUCUUCAAGCAAAUCGAUUUCAAUGAAUUUGAAGAACGUUUCAAAAUCGGCAUUGGCGGCGCUUUGCAUAAUGGCCGCAAUGGCAGCGAAGUUGAUGGCACAUUGCAAUCGUAUCCCAGUAAACGUAUACGUAAGCCCGAUAAUAUCUCGCUGCUGGAACACACGAGAUUAAGAAAUAUAGCAAUCUCUCGUCGUAAACUGGGCAUGCCCAUUGAUGAUGUCAUUGCUGCCAUACACAGUCUGGAUUUAAAGAAGCUAUCGCUGGAGAAUGUUGAGCUCUUGCAAAAGAUGAUACCCACCGAUGCCGAAGUUAAGGCCUACAAAGAGUAUAUCAUUGAGCGUAAGGAUCAGCAGCUUCUGACCGAGGAGGAUAAAUUCAUGUUGCAAUUAUCGCGUCUAGAACGCAUCUCAUCAAAGCUGUCGAUUAUGAAUUAUAUGGGCAAUUUUGUUGAUAGUGUCCAUCUAAUUAGUCCGCAAGUGCAAUCGAUUGCUGGGGCCUCCAGUUCAUUGAAACAAUCGCGCAAAUUUAAGGCUGUGUUGGAAAUUGUCCUGGCCUUUGGCAAUUAUCUCAAUAGCAAUAAACGUGGCCCGGCCUAUGGGUUCAAGUUGCAAUCCUUGGAUACAUUAAUUGAUACCAAAUCGACAGAUAAACGUUCAUCCCUGCUGCAUUAUAUUGUGGGUACCAUACGUGCCAAAUUUCCCGAUAUAUUGAGUUUCGACAAUGAACUCUAUGGCACUGAUAAGGCGGCAUCUGUGGCCCUUGAGAAUGUGGUGGCCGAUGUUCAAGAACUGGACAAGGGUAUGGAACUGGUGCGCAAGGAGGCCGAACUCCGUGUGAAGGGCACUCAGACGCAUAUUCUUCGGGAUUUCCUUAACAACAGUGAGGAUAAACUAAAGAAGGUGAAAAGUGAUCUACGACAUGCCCAGGAUGCGUUCAAAGAGUGUGUAGAAUAUUUUGGUGAAUCAUCACGUAAUGCCGAUGCGGCUGCCUUUUUUGCAUUGAUUGUGCGUUUCACAAGGGCAUUUAAGCAACACGAUCAGGAGAAUGAGCAACGUCGUCGCUUGGAGCAGGCAGCUGCUUUGGCUGCCUCGAAAAAGGAAAGCGAUCAGGUGUUAAUGCGCAACAAGGUCAAUCAGAAGAAGCAACAGUUGCCUACAAGUUGCGCGCUUUCCUUACAGGAUGCCGUCAUCAAUGAAUUAAAGAGCAAGGCGCAUUCGGUGCUUGAGAAGAAGCUACUGCAACAGGAUGAGGUCUACAAUGGUGCACUGGAGGACAUAUUGUUGGGUUUGAAGAGCGAACCCUAUCGCCGGGCAGAUGCUGUGCGUCGUUCGCAACGGAGAAGGAUUGACAAUAAUCGCUUGUCGCGCACCUUGGAGGAAAUGGAUUGCUAAGAAAACAAACAAAACACUCUAAUUAGAUACACAUUAUGUAUA